UACAAGGAUUUUCAGCCCUCACGUUGGUGCACUUGCGAUACUUGUCGAUGCCAUAGCUCGCGCAAAUGGUGUGAAUUCCAGAUGCAAGAGUGCUCAAUGCAAUUUCUCAUUGGAUUAAGUUCUGUUUAUUCGCAGAUUCGAUCUCAGAUUAUCUCUUCUCUUCCUUUUCCUUCCUUGUCAAAGAUUUUUGCAUUGGUUCUUCAGGAAGAAAGGCAGAGGUCUAUUGAUUCUGUAUCAACUCCAGCACCUCCUAUUAUCAGUGAAAUGCCUGGAUCUAUAAUUAAUGCAGCAGGUAUUGGUCGUGGCAAAGGAGGUAAGGGCAAGUUUCUUUGUACUAACUGUGGAAAAACUAACCAUACAGUGGAUAAGUGCUUUGAGAUCAUAGGCUAUCCACCAGGAUAUGGCAAAGGCAAAGGGAAAUCUACUGGUUUUUCUUCUAAUGGUGCUCGAUCUGUGAAUCAGCUGAGUGCUGCUGAUAAUACACCUUCACAUCAGAGCACUACUUUAUCUACUGCAGAUAUGGCUCAGAUGAUAUCCUAUUUGCAAAGUCAGAUGCAAGUAGCUGGAUCUAUGACUACUUCCGCUCCUACUAUGAAUGAUGUGAAGACUCAUGGUCAUAACUCCACCUCUGCUGGUGCAAGUCCUCCAUUCAGUGGGAGCUUCUCAGGGGAUUGUGAUUGGGAAGGGUAGCAGAGUGGGCAAUCUCUAUGUGUUAGAUGCUUCUUCAGUUUCUGCAAAUCCACCAGUCCAUACUCCUUCUCCUCCAGUGUCCAAUAUGGUGUCAACUGAUACAUGGCAUCAUAGAUUAGGGCAUUUAUCUUUUAGUAAACUCCAGUUGUUGUCUAAAACUUUAUCUCUUUCCAAUUGUAAAAAUACUCUUUGUGAGAUUUGUCCAUUGGCUAAACAAAAGCGUUUGUCAUUCUCUGAA